AUGGUGUUUAUCCAUCCAAAGGUCGAUGCUGCGCCCAGCCUUAUAUUCGAAACCUAUAUCGAAAUGCUGUCCAGACUUAUACCAUGGGGUUUAGAUUCGUGUCCAUUGACCCAACCUUUGUUCCAAUCCCGUGUGACGUUGUACCAAUGUGUUGUGUGUGUUCGUAGUACGUUGCGUAACGUUUCGCUAUCGUAUGAUGUAAUGAGCCAUUUAUCUUCAUUCUGGUGCGUUGGACGGUCGUGUCACGUGAUACGGUCGUUGUUCCGUCCUAAUUCUGUGGGGCAAAUCAUUGACUCAGUUCCGGUCAAUGGUGAGAGUGUCAUUAGUGGUUUUCUCCUGGUCCAAUCAGAUCAUUUGCAGAUGAUGUCAUUCAGUCAUUACAGAUUGUCCAAUCAUAACACAUCAUCCUGCAGAUCAGAUUUCUCAUAUAUAAACCAUGUUGUUUACAUCGGCGAGCAAAUAUUGAUGUUUGUCCUGGUCACCUUUGUGAUGUCAAGGCAGCCUUCCUUGUUGAGAGGGUCCUUGGAUGACCUUUGGGCAGGAUUCCUUGGGAAGAACGGUCCUUUUUUGUUAACAACCCAGUUGUUACUGCUUUCCUUCCCCUUCCCUAAGCCAUUAGAGUGCCAGUUGUCAGUGCCAUUUCCUCCUAGUGGUACCUUCAAUGACCUUCAUAAAUUUAACCUUGAAGCGAGAUGGUUUAUUUAUUUCCAAAGCGGUGUGGGUGUGGUG